AUGCUUUAUCAUAAAAUUAAAGCACUCAAGUCUAGAGCUAAUAAUAGAAGUAUCUAAACAAAUUUUUCAACUAACAAUUCCACAGUUAGAAUGUAUCAUUUAACUCUAGAAAAUAAAAAUUAAAAAUUUCAAAAUAUCACAAUUGAAAACAAAUCAUAGAGAGAAAGUGAACUUUCAGCUCUUAUUUAGUAUUAGAGCUUGUUUAAAAAGAUUAAAGAUCCUAACUCGUAAAAAAAGUCAUUAAAUGAAAGUUUAUAAAUCAAAAAUUCAUGUACUAAUCUCAAAUCAAAAUCUUGUGCUAAAACAAGAAAUUUUCAUACUAAGAUUUGGAGAAAAGUUAAUUAUGAUGAAGAUAGUUAUGCAGAUAGAAAAUUUAGCAUUGAAAGAGUAGAAACAAAUAAAGAUUCUAAAGUACUUCCUUGCCUUAAAAUAUAAUAAGCCCAAAAAUUUUUAAGGUCAAACUCAAAUUUAAGUAAUUUAAGAUAUUAAAGAAGUGGAUCAGUAUUGAGGUAAAAUGUGGUCUUAGUUUUUGUAGAAAAUUAUUUGUAACAAAACAAGCACCCUUAGAAAAUUUGA